AAAAAAGAGAGAGGCAUUUGUUUGUCUUUUCCAUGAUCAGACAUCAAGACAGACCAUCAUACACUCUAUCAUGUCCCUGACUGGACAUUCCUCUGCUGCUCCACCCUCUGAACGCAGGUACCAGCCGACCCAUCGAAUGGCAUUUGCGUCUCUCGGGGUUUCCUUCCCACCGGACUUUGGUGCAACAUCAGGCCGAUCCCAUCCAAGACAUACCAUCCACAAUUUGUUUGCCUCGUCCAUCAUGCACAUCACGCGACAGUCUCUAGCUCUCCUGGGCCAGGUCCAGACCCUCCACAAUACAUUCCAUCUGGCCCAUUCUCCAGCACACACUACCCCAUGUCAAGUCUACUACAGACGAAUAAGACAAAAAAAAGGAUCUCAGCAUUCCUGUCUGGGCGAGAUCUCCCGCAAGGGGCAUCUACAGAAAAAAACGUUGUCGCCGAUCGCAGCGUGUUUGGCAGGAAUGUCCCAAGACCGGCUGGUAUGUUCUAGACUCUGGCGGCCAUUACGACCUGACUCAACUUGCGUCCCCAAACAGUGGUAUACUGAACAGAGGAAGGGAGAGAUAGGAGGAAGCAGUGUUCUAUUCCAAUGAUAUGUGGUACGCGCUGCGUUCAAUUGGGAACUAGUUAUGUGCGUCUGCAUAGACUGUGAGACAGACCAUAUUGAGUUGGGCAUAGUGUAGGUUAUAUUCUCUCAUCGAGUACUGGUCUUUUUUUUCGCCUUCUUUUUUAUCCAACUUUUCGUUCGCUUGAUGUUUCUCGCUCUAUCUCAC